UGUGCUGCUGAUAGCAACAGUCUCUUUCCUUUUUUUUGUCUAAGUCACUAACUCUUCAUCAGCCUGAGAGUUCUCCUCUGCUUCAGGCGAAGAUGCUCGACGCUGUCAUGGACGCCGUGCAAGGUUUUGGGGUGAGCAGCACCCACUACCUGCAGACCAACUACUCCAAUUCCCAGGGCCUUUUCCUCUGGGUGUCCUGGGCAGCAGACCUCAGGAACACCUUCUUCAUCUUCUUCCCACUUUGGUUUCACCUGCGGUCCUCAGUGGGCAUCAAGCUCAUCUGGGUGGCAGUGAUCGGCGACUGGUUGAAUUUGGUGUUUAAAUGGAUUCUGUUUGGGGAAAGGCCGUACUGGUGGGUCCAUGAGACACCGUAUUAUGCAAACACAGUCCCUCCUCACAUCGAGCAGUAUCCCAUGACCUGUGAGACUGGGCCAGGUAGCCCCUCUGGACAUGCUAUGGGCGCCGCAGGCGUCUACUACACCCUGGUGACCUCCAUCCUCAUGGUCAUGACCAGCAAGAAGAAACAUGGAAGCAAGAAAUCCACCAACGCCGAGUGGUAUUUGAAGGCCGUUCUGUGGACGCUGUUUUGGGGAGUGCAGGUGUGCGUGUGUCUCUCCAGGGUCUUCAUCGCUGCCCACUUUCCCCACCAGGUCAUUGCUGGUGUCAUCACAGGUAUGAUCGUCGCUGAGGCCUUCAACAGAACACAGUGGAUCUACGGCGCCAGCAUGAGGCAAUACUUCUACACCACGCUCUUCUUGACUUCGUUCGCCGUCGGCUUCUACCUCCUGCUCAAAGCGGUGGGUGUGGACCUGCUGUGGACCCUGGACAAAGCUCAGAAGUGGUGCAUCCGGCCCGAGUGGGUCCACCUGGACAGCACACCCUUCGCCAGCCUCCUGCGCAACAUGGGCACCCUGUUCGGUCUGGGCCUGGGCCUGCACUCGCCACUCUACACCGAGACCAAAAAGAGCAGCAGCAGGUUGGUCACAGCAGGAUGCGUCAUCAGCUCUCUGCUCCUGCUGCACUUGUUUGACUCCUUCAAGCCUCCCACCCACACCGCAGUCCUCUUCUACCUGCUGUCCUUCUGCAAGAGUGCCACCGUGCCUCUGGUCACCGUCAGCAUCAUCCCCUACUGUGUGAACGGAGCUCUGUGCCUGCAAAACAAAAAGGGAGUUUGAGCGAUGAACUUUUGAUUGUAGAGACUUAUGAACGUGUAGUUUCUUCCAGGUCAUGUUUUCAUCAUUUAAGUGAUCCUCAGAAGAAGAGCGGAAGAGAUCAAUUGGAAAUGGUCACCGGUGCCAUUUGGACACUGAACUCUGUGAGCAAGUGUGACCACGAGCGAAGACGCUAACCAGGUCACCCAGCAUCACCUCCAAAGAUCUACUCUCAAAUUAGAAAAAAUAUUAUGAUUGCAGUUGUUUCAGAGCCCGGGAAAAAGGACAAGCAAUGAACACAUGAGUGUAAAUAAGUGACUUCUUACCUGCAGUUUGUUGUGUUGAACCUCAGUUUGAGGGCAAUGAAACACUCACAACAUUGUUGCUAUUGCAAGUGUAAAAACAUUAUAUAUUUCUAAUGUUAUAGAAAAUAUUUUUUUGAAAUGUGUUUGUGAAUAUUUUUUAAUAAAAUAUUAUAAAUUA